GAGAGGCUGAAGGUGGCUGGGAAGAGUGCGAGCUGUCUUUUUGGAGAUGAAGCACUGAAAUCCUGAGCUAGGUGGGCUCUUCUUGCCCAGCUCUUUGCAGAGAUUGCACAUGUGGGGUGCUCCAGCUAUUGCGCCAUUAUAAGCAGUGACCGGCAGAGACCACGCAAGCUCUAAGAAUUCGUCUGCAAGUGCCGUCACCGACUAGACCCAGCCUAUUGCGGUUCUCUCAAGCUGCAGGGAACUGUAGAAGGAAUCACACAGGACCUGGAUAGCCAUCCAAGGAGUGGCCUUGCUGUGGCUGAAAUGACUCCACCAAGAAAAUGGUCCGUCUCUCGCUUAACAAUUCUGCUCAUUGUCAGCACAAUAUUGGGAAUAAUAGCCGCGACGAUAUUAUUGAUUUUUGCUUUUCUCCCUGGUAAAAGUGAUCCUUACUUAAUCGGUGUUGGCCGAGCGGACUGCACUGGCCCUGUAGCUGAAGUACCAUUUAUGGGCUAUGGCAAUCCGGAACAAACUGGUGCUGGUCUAGUGACACGACAGUACUGUAGGGCGUUCAUCAUAGCAGAGCCUAAGAAUCACACCAAAAGAGUGGUGUUUGUUGCUGCUGAGAUAGGGAUGAUAUCUCAGAGGCUUAGGCUAGAGGUAAUGAAACAGCUGAAGCAAAAAUAUGCAGAUUUGUAUAGACAUGACAACGUUAUAUUGAGUGCAACUCAUACUCACUCAGGACCUGGAGGAUAUUUUCAAAACACGAUGUUUAUUAUAGCUAGUAGGGGGCUUAUCAAGCCCACCCUUAAUGCCCUUGUCAAGGGGAUUAUAGAGAGUAUUGACAUGGCUCAUCAAAAUAUGAAGGAAGGACACAUUUUUAUCAAUAAAGGUGUGCUACAGAAUAACCAAAUCAACAGAAGUCCCUUUUCUUAUCUUAAAAAUCCAAAACGUGAAAGAGACAGAUAUUCAUCAAACACAGACCAAGAAAUGACGGUACUGAAGAUGACCAGUGUUGAAGGUCAAGACAUAGGGCUGUUUAGCUGGUUUCCAAUUCACCCCGUCAGCAUGAACAAUACCAACCACCUUACAAGCAGUGACAACGUUGGCUACGCUGCUUAUCUCUUAGAACAGGAGAAAAAUAAAGGAUACUUAUCAGGAAAGGGUCCAUAUGUAGCUGCUUUGGGAUCAGCUAACCUGGGCGAUGUGUCUCCAAAUACAAAGGGACCACACUGCAUAAACACCGGGCAGUCAUGUGAAAACCUUCAUAACUAUUGCCCAAUAGGCGGGGCCAAGAUGUGCAUAGCUUCAGGUCCUGGUCGUGACAUGCUUGAGAGCACAAAAUUAAUUGGAAGAAACAUCUACCUGAAAGCAAAGGAGCUGUCGGCAGCAGCCUAUGAGGAGAUAAAUGGUCCCCUCAGUUCCGUUCACCAGUGGGUGGACAUGUCAAACGUUACCGUAUGGCUCAAUGCUACUCAUUCGGCUAAAACAUGUAAACCAGCCUUGGGGUACAGCUUUGCUGCCGGCACUAUGGAUGGACCAGGAAUGUUUAAUUUCACACAAGGGGCAAUAAAUGGUGAUCCAUUCUGGGACGCAGUCCGUGAUGGAUUGCUUGUUGAACCAUCCAGUGAAACAGUAGAAUGUCAGAAACCCAAGCCUAUUCUUCUUCCUACAGGAGAGCUGUCGAAACCUUACCCAUGGCAUCCAAAAAUUAUUGAUAUUCAGAUUGUUCGCAUUGGAUCUGUGGUGAUACUGGCACUUCCAGGGGAGUUUACGACAAUGUCUGGACGAAGAAUACAUGAAGCUGUUAAAAGUGAACUCGAAGCCCAAGGGAGCCCGGGAAUGCAUGUUAUACUGGCAGGCCUAUGCAGUGUUUAUACCCAUUAUAUAACAACGUUUGAAGAAUAUCAGAUUCAACGGUACGAGGGAGCAUCCACUAUUUUUGGCCCACAUACUCUGUCCGCUUACAUCCAAUUAUUUAGAGAACAACUCAAGGCUUUGGUUCAGGAUACUGUUCAAGAGCUACCAAAACAUCCCGAGCCCGAGAUUUUCAACACAACCAGCAUAAACUUUUUGUUUCCUGUUAUUGAUGCAAGACCAUUGGGUCGUAAAUAUGGAGAUGUGCUACAAGAUGUGGAGCCAAUAUAUAGGGUGGGAGAAGUUGCUCGUGCGCACUUUGUUGGUGCAAAUCCCAGGAAUUCUGUGGAAAAUGUGAGCAAAUUCACUUUCCUUACAGUAGAGAAAUAUGACAACACUUCAGCAAAUUGGGAAACCCAGUAUAACGAUGCCUCAUGGGAUACCAGGUUCCUCUGGGAGAAAGAUGACUGGGGGAAAAGCACAGCUAUAGUAGAAUGGCACAUCCCAAACAACACUGAACCAGGAACCUACAGACUACGAUAUUUUGGUCACCACCAGGAAUUUCUGCGCCCCAUUCAAGCUUUCAGUGGCAUUUCUUCAGUCUUUGACGUUUCAGACUCGGAAGUCGAAAAAUCGUAGCUAUUGUCUUGAAGGACACACUGCUCCGAUGUAAUUUUAUGGUGAUUCCAGCACCACCAGGAGGUUUUCAAGCCAUGUCCAUCAUUUGUCCCGUCUUCUCUCGGAAGUCUGGCUAAAGUAGGGCUGGGAAAAAAAUCAUUCCCCUUUCAACAGAAAUGAUGAAAUGCAUGACAGCAACAUUCUCCCUGCAUGAUGGCAACAUUCUCCCUGCAUUUUGUGCUUUCUAUUCAACAUUUAUCCCCCACACUGCAGCAGAAAAUGGAUAUGGAUGAAGCACAGGUGGGAUACUUUGUUUUGUCAAAAGGGUAAUUGUUCUUUGGUUUCAUACCAGUGUAGCAGGCUUCCUGGUGUUUACAAUAAAACAAUGCAGUUUCUCAUGUCCCUGGUCAUUCUUCUUAGCUCCCAUUCCAGUCACUGACUCACAGCACUAAUCCUUUAAAACAGACAAAAAUGGGCUG